AUGCUUAAUGUCAUCGUUUGCAGCUAUAAGAAGCUGGAGAAGGUUGGCACCUAUGGCGUUGUCUACAAGGCGGAAGAUGUGACGACAAACCAGCUCGUGGCAUUGAAAAAGAUAAGACUUGAGGCGGAAGAUGAGGGUGUUCCGAGCACAGCGAUCCGUGAGAUAAGCCUUCUGAAGGAGCUGAAGGAUGAUAACGUUGUUAGACUUCUCGAUAUCGUCCAUGUUGACACGAAACUCUUUCUGGUGUUUGAGUUUCUGGAUGUUGACUUGAAGAGAUACCUAGAACAGGGGAACAAGAUGGGCAAUCCCAUCACUCCGGACAUUGUCAAGAAAUUCACUUAUCAACUGUCGUCCGGUCUUUUAUACUGUCAUUCGCACCGCAUUCUUCACCGCGAUCUCAAGCCACAAAAUCUUUUGAUCGACAAAUAUGACAACUUGAAACUCGCUGACUUCGGUCUUGCCAGGGCGUUUGGGAUCCCGAUGAGGACAUACACUCACGAGGUCGUCACGUUGUGGUACCGCGCUCCGGAGGUCCUUCUUGGCUCUCGUCAUUACUCGACGGCAAUCGAUAUGUGGUCGGUAGGCUGCAUAUUUGCGGAGAUGGUCAUGAGGGGUCACCCGCUGUUCCCCGGUGACUCAGAGAUCGACCAAAUCUUCAAGAUAUUCAGGGUCCUCGGCACACCGACCGACGAGGUGUGGCCCGGAGUUCGGCAGUUGCCUGACUAUAAGUCGACAUUCCCUAACUGGGUGCCUCAAGACCUGGCUGACCAUGUUCCGAUGUUGGACGAUGACGGGAUCGAACUGCUCAAGAUGAUGCUGAUAUAUGAUACAAGCAAGCGCAUCUCAGCUAAACGCGCCAUCAUUCACCCGUACUUCGCCGACUUUAAGCUUUGAAGAUCGUUUCGGACUCACUCCAUCAUAGUUCAUUCGCCCUUCAUCUUCGUUCUGCAUGUCCAUUUCCACAAUUUCACACCUUCAAUCACGCAUUCCAUUGUCACGCCAAUACAUACAAUGUCCAAUACAGUAAACCC